CCGUGUGCAGAGAUCCACAGUGCUGCAUGCAGUGUACUGAGGGAGAGGGUGCCAAUUGGUGGAAUGGUGUAGAUAAACAAAAAGCAAAUAGGUACACAGUGGUGCGCAGCCUGCUCGAGUUCCUGAAGCUUGCUGCCAGACCCAAGACUCAGCAGGCAGCCUCUCGGAAGCCAGCUCAGGAGCAGGAGAGUGCCUUCCUCCCUGCUAAUUAAUUCGCAGGACACUUUAAAAACAUUUCCUUCUAACACGACCAGAUAGUCUGGUGAAGGUGACCGACUUAGUGCUUUGGACGCAGCGAUGGAGAAAGCCAGGGGCGAGGUGCCCCAGAACUCUGAGCAGUCCUUUCUGGCAACUUUAAGUGACCCACGUGUGACUCUGCUGUCAGUCCAUAAGUGCUGGUCCUUCAGGAAGAAUCCUGGGGACAAGGGCUCAGCCAGGCCAGUGUUUUUGCCGGAGGAAGGCUCUUCUCCAUCAGAAGAGGGAGAAAUUCCACAGAGGGUUUUGAACGGAGCCCAGGAAAUGAGUUCCAGUCAGAUCUUAUCUAAACUUUCAUUGCCCACUCAUGCCUGGGAACCAGCAAUGAAGCAGAGUUUUGCCUUUGACAACGUUGGCUAUGAAGAUGGUCUGGACAGCGUGUACCCUUCUUCUGCAACAGCAACCACCAACAUCAGCAUUCUGGGCAUGACUUGCCAGUCGUGUGUAAAGUCCAUCGAGGGCAGGAUUUCUGGUUUGAAAGGCAUCAUAAGCAUUAAGGUUUCCCUGGAACAAGGCAUUGCAACUGUGAAAUAUGUGCCAUCAGUUAUGAGUCUGCAACAGAUUUGCCAUGAAAUUGGGGACAUGGGCUUUGAGGCCAGUGUUACAGAAGGAAAGGCUGCCUCCUGGCCCUCAAGGUCCUCACCUGCCCAGGAGGCUGUAGUCAAACUCCGGAUAGAGGGUAUGACCUGCCAGUCCUGUGUCAGCUCCAUCGAAGGCAAGAUCAGAAAAUUGCAAGGAGUAGUAAGAGUCAAAGUCUCUCUUGGCAACCAAGAGGCAGUCAUCACUUACCAGCCUUAUCUUAUUCAACCCGAAGACCUCAGGGACCAUGUAAAUGACAUGGGAUUUGAAGCUGCCAUCAAGAAUAAAAUGACCCCCUUAAGUCUGGGACCAAUUGAUAUUGGACGAUUACAAAGCACUAACCCAAAGAGACUUUCGGCUUCUGCAAACCAGAAUUUCAAUAAUUCUGAGACCUUGGAAGGAAGCCAAGGAAGCCACGUGGUCACCACACAACUGACAGUCGAUGGAAUGCACUGUAAGUCUUGUGUCUUGAAUAUUGAAGAAAAUAUAGGCCAGCUUCCAGGAGUUCAAAAUAUUCAAGUGUCCUUGGAGAACAGAACUGCCCAAGUACAAUAUGACCCUUCUUGUAUUACCCCAGUGUCUCUGAAGAGGGCCAUUGAGGCACUUCCACCUGGGAACUUUAAAGUUUCUGUUCCUGAUGGGGUAGAAGGGAAGGGGACAGAUAAUGGGUCUUCUAGUCCUCAUUCCUAUGGCUCCCCCCAAAGAAACCAGGGACAGAGCAUGUACAGUACUGUGGUGCUCAGAAUUGCUGGCAUGACCUGUGCAUCCUGUGUCCAGUCCAUUGAAGACGUGAUCUCCCAACGGGAAGGUGUGCAGCAAAUAUCAGUCUCUCUGGCUGAAGGGACUGGAACGGUUCUUUAUGAUCCCUCUGUGAUUAGCCCAGAAGAACUCAAAGCUGCUGUGGAAGACAUGGGAUUCGAGGCUUCAGUCAUUCCUGAAAACUAUUCUACCAACCAUGUUGGAAGCCACAAUGUUGGGAAUUAUGUGGCCCAAACUGCAGGUGGUGUACCUGUGUCUGUGCAGGGAGUGGCUCCCCACACUGGGGGACUCUCUAAAAACCAUGAGUCUGGCCGCUUAUCAAAGUCCCCACAAUCCACUGGAACGGUGGCACCACAGAAGUGCUUUUUACAGAUCAAAGGCAUGACCUGUGCGUCCUGUGUGUCUAACAUAGAAAGAAAUCUUCAGAAAGAAGCUGGUGUGCUGUCCGUGCUGGUUGCCUUGAUGGCAGGAAAGGCCGAGGUGAAGUAUAAUCCAGAGAUCAUUCAGCCCGUCGAGAUAGCUCAGCUCAUCCAGGACCUGGGCUUUGAGGCAGCCGUCAUGGAAGACUACACAGGUUCAGGGGGCGACCUGGAGCUGAUUAUCACUGGGAUGACCUGCGCUUCCUGUGUUCACAACAUAGAGUCCAAGCUCACAAGGACAAAUGGCAUCACCUACGCCUCUGUAGCCCUUGCCACCAGCAAAGCCCAUAUUAAGUUUGAUCCUGAAAUUAUUGGUCCACGGGAUAUUAUCAAAAUUAUUGAGGAAAUUGGCUUUCAUGCUUCCCUGGCCCAGAGAAACCCCAGCGCUCAUCACUUGGACCACAAGAUGGAAAUAAAGCAGUGGAAGAAGUCUUUCCUGUGUAGCCUGGUGUUUGGCAUUCCCGUUAUGGGCUUGAUGAUCUACAUGUUAAUACCCAGCAAUGAGCCGCAUGAGGCGAUGGUCCUGGACCACAACAUCAUCCCAGGACUGUCCAUUCUGAAUCUCAUCUUCUUUAUCUUGUGUACCUUCGUACAGUUCCUUGGUGGGUGGUACUUCUAUGUUCAGGCCUACAAAUCCCUGAGACACAGGUCAGCCAACAUGGACGUGCUCAUCGUCCUGGCAACAAGCAUUGCCUAUGUCUACUCUCUGGUGAUCCUGGUGGUCGCAGUGGCCGAGAAGGCUGAGAGAAGCCCUGUGACGUUCUUUGACACGCCCCCUAUGCUGUUUGUGUUCAUUGCUCUGGGACGGUGGCUGGAACACGUGGCAAAGAGCAAAACCUCAGAAGCCCUUGCCAAACUCAUGUCUCUCCAGGCCACAGAAGCCACUGUUGUGACCCUUGGGGAGGACAACCUAAUUAUUAGAGAGGAGCAAGUACCCAUGGAGCUGGUGCAACGGGGUGAUAUCAUCAAGGUUGUCCCUGGGGGAAAAUUCCCCGUGGAUGGGAAAGUCUUGGAAGGCAAUACCAUGGCUGACGAGUCCCUCAUCACAGGAGAAGCCAUGCCAGUUACCAAGAAACCCGGAAGCAUUGUUAUCGCAGGGUCUAUAAAUGCCCAUGGCUCUGUGCUCAUUGAAGCCACCCAUGUGGGCAAUGAGACCACUUUGGCUCAGAUUGUGAAGUUGGUGGAAGAGGCUCAGAUGUCAAAGGCACCUAUUCAGCAACUGGCUGACCGGUUUAGUGGAUAUUUUGUCCCAUUUAUCAUCAUCAUUUCAACUUUGACGCUGGUGGUAUGGAUUGUAAUCGGUUUUAUCGAUUUUGGUGUUGUUCAGAAAUAUUUUCCUAACCCCCACAAGCAUAUUUCCCAGACAGAGGUGAUCAUCCGGUUUGCAUUCCAGACUUCCAUCACGGUGCUGUGCAUUGCCUGCCCCUGUUCCCUGGGGCUGGCCACACCUACGGCUGUCAUGGUGGGCACUGGGGUGGCUGCCCAGAACGGUGUGCUCAUCAAGGGAGGCAAGCCUCUGGAAAUGGCCCACAAGAUAAAGACUGUGAUGUUUGACAAAACUGGCACCAUUACCCAUGGGGUCCCCAGAGUCAUGAGGGUCCUCCUGCUUGUGGACGUGGCUGCGCUCCCCCUCAGAAAGGUCCUGGCUGUGGUGGGGACUGCAGAAGCCAGCAGCGAGCACCCCUUGGGCGUGGCCGUCACCAAGUACUGUAAAGAGGUACUUGGAACAGAGACCUUAGGAUACUGCACGGAUUUCCAGGCAGUGCCAGGUUGCGGAAUUGGCUGUAAAGUCAGCAGCGUGGAAGCCAUCUUGGCCCCUGAUGCAGCCCCCCAGACCUUCUCUGUGCUGAUUGGAAACCGUGAAUGGAUGAGGCGCAAUGGCCUAACUAUUUCCAGCGACGUCAGUGACGCCAUGACAGAUCAUGAGAUGAAAGGACAGACCGCCAUCUUGGCAGCUAUUGAUGGUGUGCUAUGUGGGAUGAUUGCCAUCGCAGACGCUGUCAAGCCGGAGGCCGCCCUGGCUGUGCACACCCUCAAAAACAUGGGCGUGGAUGUCGUUCUGAUCACAGGGGAUAACCGGAAGACAGCCAGAGCCAUUGCCACCCAGGUUGGCAUCAACAAAGUCUUUGCAGAGGUUCUGCCUUCUCACAAGGUGGCCAAGGUCCAGGAACUCCAGAACAAGGGCAAGAAAGUCGCCAUGGUGGGAGACGGGGUUAAUGACUCCCCGGCCUUGGCCCAGGCUGAUGUUGGCAUCGCUAUUGGGACUGGCACAGAUGUGGCCAUUGAGGCAGCUGACGUCGUCCUCAUCAGAAAUGAUUUACUUGAUGUGGUGGCUAGCAUUCACCUUUCCAAGCGGACGGUCCGGAGAAUCCGAGUCAAUCUGGUCCUGGCAUUGAUUUAUAACCUGGUUGGGAUCCCCAUUGCAGCAGGUGUCUUCAUGCCUCUCGGCAUCGUGUUGCAGCCAUGGAUGGGCUCGGCGGCCAUGGCAGCCUCCUCUGUGUCUGUGGUGCUCUCAUCUCUGCAGCUCAAGUGCUAUAAGAAGCCUGACCUGGAGAGGUACGAGGCCCAGGCCCACGGCCGCAUGAAGCCCCUGAGUGCAUCGCAGGUCAGCGUGCACAUCGGCAUGGACGACCGGCAGCGGGACUCUCCCAGGGCCACACCAUGGGACCAGGUCAGCUACGUCAGCCAAGUGUCUCUGUCCUCCCUGACGUCCGACAGGCUGUCUCGGCACAGCACCAUGGUGGACGACGGCGGGGACAAAUGGUCUCUGCUUCUGAAUGACAGGGAUGACGAACAGUACAUCUGAAAGCUCCAGGCCAGGUGGGGGCCUGGCUUCCCCUAGGGGGAGCUUGAGUCUACUGCUGUGGUUGAGCCGAGCAGGUGCAGCACCAGCUGCCAGGAGCAGGGGGUGGAAGCUCGCCUCUCGCCUCAGGGAUGUCGCUCCCUGGAGCAUGUGGCCUUGCCUAGGUGUGCCUGGCCCCCGCCUAGAUGGGACUGCCCUGCCUGGGUUCUCCUGGUACAAGGCAAAGCAGCCUGACUUCACCAUACUGUCUGCGUGGGCUUUGUCCAAACCUCUCUCGGACUCAGAGAAUAAGAUGGAAGUCAGUCUUCCUCACAAACUUUUGCCUUUUUAGGAUGACUACUUGUGAAAUGAGGAAUGAUCUCAUCAAGAGGAAAAACUUAGCUGGGCCUGUGCAGAGAGCCCCUUGCAGAACUCACUGGUGGGCCCUUUAUGACAACACCCACGUGCAUCGCAUGUCUGGGACCACACCUUACCUCAAAUACACCUGUCGUUCUCUGCUGGCACAAUCUUUCUCUUCUCCACUCUGUGGGCUUCGUAUCCUUGACACAAGAAUGUGCCCCAACCCUGUCCAUCCCUUUUGGCAUCCUCAUGGACCCCUGCUGCUCUCAGCAGCUCUCCAGCUGCUCUCUCAUGUGCACUACCACUGCAAAUCUGGUCCUCUGUGCAUGCACACACGCGUGCGCACGCACACACACACCCCUAGCCAGAAAACUUGCCACAGCCCUCUUCACGUGGAGCAGAGCUCUUUCUUGCUUAGGAGUCGUUUUUCUGUAGAGUCACAGCUUCUCUUUACAUAAAUAAAGUGCUACUGCUUGCCAGCGGCAGCGGGGCUCAGAACCUGACCUGAGUCCAAAUCGGGGCCUCCUGUGGGGCCUAGGCACCUGUGACCCAGGGCGACCUUACGUGCCUACCGCAGCCUGUGUUACUUGACACAGGAGCACCGGAAGAGGUGUGUGUGUGCUGGACCCCACGGUCUUCUAUAUGACUGUUACCUCAUGGACUCAAGAGAGAAUUCACGUUCCUAGAGCCCUUGUCAUUGUCCAACUCAGAGGAAACAGUGCCGCCCGAGUAAGAGGAAGGCACAGUUCUCCACCGUGAGCUUUCCUCCAUGCUGAGUGGGCGCCUGAGGACAGCCAGCACAGCUCCCCAGAUGGAAGGCUGCCUCUACUUGCCAGUGCUCUUUGUGAUUACCGAUGCCAGAGUGGGCCCCGUUUUAGACUCAGAGUUCAGCAGUGAUUGACAGAACCUCAUGGGAGCAGACUAGUAGAACUGAUUACACUCUAGGGUGAAGCCCUUGUCUCCCACACUAAAUAAUCCUUAUUUAUUGUCUCUUAUUCACCAGUGGCAUUGUUAGCCCCCUUUAUAGCCUCUAAUCCUCCCAACAAACCAGUAAGGUAGCUGAUAUUGUUCACAUUUUACAGGCAGGGAAACAGGCUCAGAGAGGCCGAGUAUCCAGUCCAGGAUCACACAGCCGGUUGUUUGCCUUGUCUGUUGGUUCUGAAGGCUUUUUUCUCAUCCCUCUGCCAUCUUACAUAUCGGUUUGCU